AUGGCAGUUGUCACUUUGACCAUUUGCAGCGACAUAACUAAACGCACCAAGAAGCUCAUAAUUAUGGAUAACUACAGGACCCAUUAUGGCGCCUCCCUCAGGAAAAUGGUGAAGAAAAUUGAGAUCAGCCCGCACGCCAAGAACACUUGCUCCUUCUGUGGCAAACCCAAGAUGAAGAGACAGGCUGUGCAGAUCUGGCACUGUGGUUCCUGCAAGAAAACGGUCGCUGGUGGUGCCCGGGCCUCCAACGCCCCUUCCGCCGUCACAGUCAAGUCUGCCAUCAGAAGACUGAAGGACCUGAAAGACCAGUAG